UCUGUUUUUUUAGUUUCAGUGACAUCAAGUGCUGGCUCUGUGUGUCGUACCUCUGAAACGAUGAAACUUCUCAUUCUGGUCCUUCAAGUGGCACUAGUUGGAUCCCUGACGGUAUCCAGUGGGUUCUUAGGGGAUAACAUCACCCUAGCCUCAGGAGCCCCACCAUCAUGGAAUCUAACCUCAAUCGAGUGGUCGAUAUUCUCAAACAACACCUGGAUAGCCACCUAUCGUGGCAAGAGGAAAAACACUGAACGGGUGGAUCGGUACAAAGGGAGGCUCAGUCUCAACAUCAUCUCAGGUGACUUGACAAUCCGUAAUCUGACCCCAGAAGACGCCAUGGAAUACACUGUAGACCUGAUCAACACUCAGAGAGAGAACAAAGGAGGCAAGACUAAGCUCAUAGUGAAACAACGCCUCCCGAAGCCAACCAUCGAGACUUUUCCCUGUGAAUCCGUAAAAGGCGGCGGCUUCCAGUUGUUUCUGCUUUGCUCUUCAACAGAUAAGAGUGUUGAUCUGUCUUGGAGUAAGACUACCAACGCUACGGUCUUCAACUCACUGAACGCUGAUGUCGCCUCUACAGCUGUUAAAGUGUUUCUCAGCACCAAACAGAACCACGUCAAAUUCACCUGCACCUCCAGCAAGAAUUCGGAGACGGCCUCGAGUGAUGUCACUCCAUCCUGUGAUGAUAACGAGCCUGAGCCAACACCACAGCAUCAUUCUACCCACAGGAAGAAUUAUAUUGCUAUUACUUUCUUUGUAGGCUUACUGGUCGGUGUACUAGUAAUGACUGUACUGUACUUUCAGAAAGGAAAACUGUGUCCAUCACCAAAAUAGCAAUGCUGUGGUCUAAAACUUGACAACUAUACAAGCAGCGUUUCAAGAAGCCAGAGUCAACAUCAACGGUACCUGAAAAUGUCAACAUUAUGUGGGACCUUUUAGGACUUUAUAAUAAUAAUAAUAAUAAUAAUGAUAUAAUAAUAAUAAUGAUAUAAUAAUAAUAAUAAUAAUAAUAAUUGGUAGAGUGGUUGUCUACUGAUUGCAAGGUCGUGGUUCGAUCCCUGACCAUGGCUACAUGUUGAAGUGUCCUUGAGCAAGAUACUGAACCCCAAAUGGCUCCUGAUGUUGUGUUCAUCGGUGUGUGAAUGAAUUCCCAAUGGGAGGUGGCACCAGUUUGCCCUGGUAGCCUCGGCCACCAGUAUGAAUGUGUGUGUGAACGGGUGAAUGAGCGUAGUGUUGGAUAAAAGCGCUAUAUAAGUGCAGUCCAUUUAUGUUUUACAAAAACAUAUAAAAACAAAAUAGAAAAACAGACAGACAAGAGAAUUGUAGUAGUGAGGAGGUG